AUGAAGUCGAGGGAGAAAAAUGGGUCUGCGGCUGGUAACUCGGACGUGGCACUGGUCAAUGUUUUAUCGCAGCAAAAGCUGAGGAGGCACAGAUUACCCUGGUACUACGCACCAUCCUUUCUCCUCCUAUGGGUGGCUCUAUUCUACGCAGUGGUGUAUCCUUUGUACCAUCGCCUGCCGGAUAGCGUCCUUAUAUCGCAUGAAUCGAGUAAACCUGGACAAUUUGUGGCGGAGAGAGCGCAGAGGCUGCUCUACAAAUACGACAGGAUCGGACCCAAAGUGGUGGGCAGUGUGGCGAAUGAGGUGACAACGGUGGCCUUUCUCGAGGAGGAGGUGGAGAACAUCCGGGCGGCAAUGCGCAGUGAUCUCUACGAGCUGGAGCUGGAUGUCCAACAUCCCUCGGGCGCCUACAUGCAUUGGCAGAUGGUGAACAUGUACCAGGGCGUCACCAAUGUGGUUGUUAAGAUAAGUAGCCGGAGCUCCAAUAGUUCAUCCUACCUGCUGGUCAACAGUCACUUCGAUUCCAAGCCCAGCAGCCCUGGUUCCGGCGACGAUGGCACCAUGGUUGUCGUCAUGCUGGAAGUCCUUCGCCAGGUGGCCAUAUCGGACACCCCGUUCGAGCAUCCCAUUGUGUUUCUGUUCAACGGAGCUGAGGAAAAUCCUUUGGAGGCAUCGCACGGCUUUAUCACCCAACAUAAAUGGGCGGAAAACUGCAAGGCUCUAAUAAAUCUGGAAGUGGCAGGCAGCGGAGGUCGUGACCUGUUGUUCCAGAGUGGACCGAACAAUCCCUGGCUGAUCAAGUACUAUUACCAGAAUGCUAAACAUCCGUUUGCCACCACAAUGGCCGAGGAAAUAUUUCAGUCUGGCAUUUUGCCAUCCGAUACGGAUUUCCGUAUCUUUCGCGACUACGGACAACUGCCGGGCCUUGACAUGGCGCAAAUCAGCAAUGGCUAUGUAUACCAUACCGUUUUUGAUAAUGUUCAGGCGGUGCCCAUUGAUUCCCUACAAAGUUCUGGAGAAAAUGCCUUAUCUUUGGUUCGUGCUUUUGCCGAUGCCCCCGAAAUGCGGAAUCCAGAGGAUCACAGCGAAGGACACGCUGUGUUCUUUGACUAUCUGGGCCUAUUCUUUGUGUACUACACGGAAACCACUGGCAUAGUCCUUAACUGCUGCAUCGCCGUUGCCAGUUUGGUUCUGGUGGUCUGCUCCCUUUUGAGGAUGGGUCGCGAAUCGGAUGUCUCCAUGGGCCGAGUGUCCAUAUGGUUCGCCAUAAUCCUGGGCCUUCAUGUGCUGGGAAUGAUCCUCAGUCUCGGGCUGCCGCUGCUGAUGGCAGUUUUGUUCGAUGCCGGAGACCGUUCCAUGACGUACUUCAGCAACAAUUGGCUGGUCAUUGGGCUGUUCAUCGUUCCAGCAAUUAUUGGCCAGAUUCUGCCCUUGACUCUAUACUACACACUAAAACCGAAUGACGAAAUCAGUCACCCCAAUCACAUACACAUGAGCCUCCAUGCGCACUGCGUGCUGCUGUCCUUGAUAGCCAUUAUCCUCACUGCUAUAAGUCUAAGGACUCCGUAUCUGUGCAUGAUGUCCUUGCUGUUUUAUGGAGGAGCUCUGUUGAUUAACCUACUCAGUACUCUACACGAUCGAGGAUACUAUUGGGUGCUGUUGGUGCAAGUCCUGCAACUAGUGCCCUUCCUGUACUUCUGCUACCUGUUCUACACUUUUCUCCUGGUCUUCUUUCCCAUGCUGGGACGUUUUGGACACGGCACCAAUCCUGAUCUACUGAUCGCCCUGAUCUGCGCGGUUGGAACUUUCUUUGCACUGGGAUUUGUGGCUCCUCUGAUAAACAUAUUCCGCUGGCCCAAAUUGGCACUGCUCGGAUUGGGAGUGGUCACGUUUAUAUUCAGCAUGAUAGCGGUUUCCGAGGUGGGCUUUCCAUAUCGGGCCAAGACCAGCGUGAUGAGAAUUCACUUCCUGCACGUUCGGCGCAUUUUCUAUGAGUACGAUGGCUCCGUGAGUCUCAGUGAUUCCGGCUACUACUUCGACUUCCAGGAUCGUCGUCUCUAUUAUCCACUGGAGAACACCUCUGUCAAUCUAACUGGCUUGGCUAGCACCUCUUCCGAGUGCGAUAAGUACCUGAUGUGCGGAGUUCCCUGCUUCAAUCACCGUUGGUGUAAGACCCGCACCAAGAGCCAUUGGUUGCCUCGGGAGCAGGAGGUGACCAUUCCAGGAGCGACUUCCCUAAAGCUUCUCAACAAAUCAGUUUUGGACUCCGAAAAGGUGGCUAGGUUUGAGUUCGAGAUCUCGGGGCCACCGCACAUGAGCCUGUAUAUUCAACCUCUGGAUGGGGUUGAAGUGGAGGAUUGGUCGUUCAUUCGGAACAUGCUGGAUGAACCCGACACCUACUCACCGCCAUAUCAAAUAUUCUUCGCCUACGGCUCGGAUAAUUCCCCCUUAAAGUUUCAUAUUGAUUUUGCAAAAUCCUCCGGUGACUUUAGCACUCCAACUUUCCAGCUAGGAUUCGCUGCCAGUUUUGUAAGCUACGAUUAUGAUCGAGAUGCUGCCGGCCUGAAGUUCAUAUCCGAUUUUCCCGACUUCGCUCACGUUAUGGAAUGGCCUACGUUGUAUGAACGUUAUAUAUUCUAAGUUGCUGGAACAAUGGCACAUCUCGCUACCUUUUGUUAUUAAGAACUAUGUUAAGAGCCUCUGUUAGCUUAAGAACGUACAUUUAAGUAUUAUAAUUAAACGCAAUGUUUUGAGUAAUGGAA